CAAUGAUGCACAAGAGAGAAUCAGUUGGGGAAAAUGGCUGACGAUACAUUAGGUGAUGUUUUGACAAUUUACUCCUUUCAUUACAUUAAUUGAGAGAGAAGUGUGUUAUAUUUUAAGAUAUGUCUUCAAUUGUAUUGUGAAAUACGUACUUUGGUGAAGACUAAAAAUAUUUGUCGACACACGUGCCUAAAUUGAAGAGGGAAAUCUUGUCAAAACUUGUCUGGACGUGUUUCAACUAGCUGCCAUUAAGAAAUGUUCAUUAUGAACGUCUGAAUAAUCCUUUUCUAUAGCCUUUGUGAAGAUAUUAUGCUAUAGGAUUUUUAUAUUGCUGAUAAACGAGACCUCCUUCGAUUGAAUCGAUUGGCAAUUAUCUGAUAUAACAAUACAAUGAUAUUGUAUAACGUAAAAGUGUUAAUAACAUUUCUGUAGAGGAGAAAUGGAAAUGAAAUACUUUUGAGGGCAAUAAGAUGCCUGUCAAUCCAUUCAAUAAUGGGACAGCAUUUCGCUAGUCUCAGGGAAUUUUUUAGAAUGGAUGGUGAAAGGCAGUCUUCCGAAACAUGUACUAAUGUUAUCCAGCCAACGCAAUUAGAAAUGAUGAAUCAAGAUGAUAUAGAAAAUUUAUUGAAUUUAAGUUUGAUUCUUCAUGAAGAAUGCAAGACAGAUGGGAGUUUGGAUAAUGAUAAUUUAAAUUUAGACCUAGAUAAUCAUAAUUCUAAAUUUGAAACUUUAUACAGUCAACCAAUCGAGACACAGGAUUCAAAAAAGAUUUAUAAUAAUGGAAAUAUUACUAAGGAAAUAUGUUUUAAGCAACAGGAAGCGUGUUGUAGUAGUUCUGGGGGUAGUAAUACUAGUAGUAGUUCUGAAGAUAGUCCUAUAAAUCCUCCUUUAAGAAGAUCUUCUAAAACAUUAUCAUUUGGAAAACGAAAAGGUAAACAACGUAAUAAGGAUCAAAGUCCAGUGUGUACUCAUAUUUUAUCUUCGAAAAAGAAACGAAGUAGCUGGGUAUUAAAAUUUAACUGUGCUAAGAAUAAAAGUUCUAAAAGUACAGAUAUUAUUCCUGGUCAAGGAAAUACUAGUUUAGAUUGUGUUUGCACUGGUUAUAGAAGAACCGAAGAACACCCUAUGGGAGCUGGUGUUAUAUUUAAUAGUCGGUCUGCUCCUCAAAGUCCAGUGCUACGACCGCUUCCUCCCAGCCCUGUGAUCGACCUUUCAAGAUUCAAUCCAGAAGAAUUUCCUAUGGAAGAUUGUGACAAAAGAGCACGACUACAACGUGCACGAGAAAUGGAGGAGGGAGUCGAACCUCCUCCGGGUUAUAAACCUAAUUAUCCUUCAGCAAUUCAAGUACAUCCAAAUGGAAUAACAGUAGACAGUUUGGCAGCUUUGUUCCAGGCGCAUGCCGGUAUACAAGCUGCUGCUUUGACAGCGUUAUCACAAAUCGACUUUACGUUAAUUCCAAAUAUCGAGAGGCCAGCGCAUACGCAGGUUGAUUAUGUUCAUUGUCUUGUGCCAGAUCUUAGAUCAAUUACGGCUUGUUCUUUUUAUUGGGGUAAAAUGGAUCGAUACGAAGCUGAACGUUUAUUAGAAGGCAAGCAAGAAGGUACAUUCUUGUUACGUGACUCGGCCCAGGAAGAAUUUAUUUUUUCUGUUAGUUUUCGAAAAUAUGGACGAUCUCUGCAUGCCCGAAUCGAACAAUGGAAUCAUAAAUUUAGUUUUGAUUCGCACGAUCCGGGAGUUUAUGCUUCAGAAACGGUGUGCGGUUUGAUCGAGCAUUAUAAGCAUCCAUCGUGUUCUAUGUUCUUUGAACCUAUGCUUACAAUACCAUUUCAUCGAAAUUUUGCUUUUCCUUUACAACACUUAUGUCGAGCAGUAAUUACUACACGGACGACAUAUGAUGGUAUAAAUAAGUUACAAUUGCCAAAGACGCUUAAGAGUUAUCUCAAGGAGUAUCACUACAAGCAAAGAGUACGAGUUAGGCGAUUAGAUACUGAGAAUGAUUUACAAUCAGAUGGAAGAUCCAUAUCAUAUUUACCUUUAAUAUAAAUCUCUGUAUUCAUAUUUAAUAGAGUUUGUCAGGCAUUA